CACACAGACACACACACAGACACACACACACACAGACACACACACACAGACACACACACAGACACAGACACACACACACAGACACACAAACACACACACAGACACACACAGCUGCUUUCACUGUUUUGUGGUUUUGUGAAACUUUACUUUCAGAUUCUCGGCCAAUCAGCAGCCUCCUCAGUGCGUAGUGACAGUGAGCUGUUAUCCACACCCGCGCUCGUUCUUGUCCCAUCCAGAUGUUUCUUCAGCAGAUGAGACGCUGAUCUGAUGGAUUCGUGGUCCUGAGAAGGAAAUCGGCAGAAAUCGAACAUGUGCUGAAGAGACCCGAAGACGAACAGACAUGAUCCCUUUAUCUCCCUGAGGAACUGACCAAUCAGUAGUCAGGAUGAUGCCCAAGCAGCAGCUGGCGCAGACGUCCCCGGGGAGUGUGUUGUCGCUCAGAGGCACCAGCGUCCCAGGAUCCCCUGCUGCUGCCAUCGUGGCCAGAGUGGAGGACGGGGUUAUCGGCUAUAAGGACUUGGCAGCCUUACCGAGAGACAAAGCCAUCCUGGACAUCGAGAGACCCGAUCUGAUGAUCUACCAGCCGCACUACAGCUACAGUCCUCUGGAGAGGUCCUUGUCUCCUCGCUCCAUCUCUCCUCCUCCCUCCCCAGAGAAUCUGUCCAAGGAGACAAGGGAGUGGCUCGAGAGCCGAUCACCUGGAGGGUCCUCGCCUGGUUCCACCAUCCCGAGCACCAGAACCCACAGCACACACACCCCAUCAACGCCAAACACACCAACCACACCCAACACGCACUCGUCUGGUACCGUGAAGAGCACCGUGCAGCAUUUCCACAGGCCAGAAAAUGGUACCAACAUCUACAAGAAGCCUCCCAUCUACAAACAGGAUGUGUCGUCCUCUUCGGUCCCUCAGGGGAAACACAUCGAGGAUUUGAUCAUCGAGUCUUCAAAGUUUCCUGCAGCUCAGCCUCCAGACCCGAACCAGCCCUCCAAGAUCGAGACCGACUACUGGCCCUGCCCCCCCUCGCUGGCCGUGAUUGAAAAGGAAUGGAAGAGGAAGGAGCAGAAAGUCGAGGAGGAGGAGGAGGAUGGAGAGCUGGAUGAUGAGCUGUGGGGACUCAGAAAGCUUCAGAAACAAGAGCUGAACAAGAUUCAGUCCAAUCUGGGCAAAAUCAUCCUGAAGGAGGAGCUGGAGAAGUCUGCAGCGCCUCUGAGGAGGAAAACACGCUCUUUACCGGAGCGCAGCCACAACGCCGGGUCCAACGCCUCCAGGUCCGUGUAUUUCCCAGCGUCCUCUAAGAGCGGCCUGUCCAGGCUGCGCUCGGCCGAGUUCAGCUCCUCGGAGAAACCCGCUGCAGGUACAAACAACGGGGACUCGAGGAUGGACAGAGGGAACUCUCUCCCCAGCAUGCUGGAGCACAAGGUUUAUCCCUACGAGGUGCUGGUGGUGACUCACAGAGGACGCAGCAAACUGCCCCCCGGUGUGGAUCGGACACGGCUGGAGAGGCACCUCUCUCAGGAGGAGUUCUUCAGCGUUUUCAGGAUGUCCGUCGAGGAGUUCGACCGCCUCUCCCUCUGGAAGAGGAACGACCUGAAAAAAAAGGUCUGUCUCUUCUGAAGCUGCUCGCCCCACAGUCCCUCGCUUCCAGCCGGCGGGACACCGAACCAAACGGACUCCGAGCGUCAUCAUCAGCCGACACCCUCACUUCAGUUUGUAGACACCUCAGGAGGCUUCAGGUUUGCAGAGAAACACGAGUGCUGCACACAUUAACGUCACCGUUUAUCUGCAGAACGUUAGCGACGAAGGACGGAGCGAGCACAAAUAAUACAUCACAGAACGAGGACGAGUCUGCGGUCUGUGGCGGUGCGUGACGGGUCGGCGCUCUCACAAGACCCUCUGAACCUCUGCAUCCCAGCCACAGUCGGACAUCCGGCCAACAUUCCUGCUGACUCCGAGUCAGCUCUCGGACUGACAAACAAACCUGUUACAAUCUUUAUACAAAGGAUUAAUCCUAUUGGCUUAGCCAGCUAUGAUGUCAUAGUGACAGCACUUCUUUCCAGCAUCAAAGAGAAAAACAAGCAGACGGUUUGAUCGCAGUCGCUCGACUUCAGUCACGACAGACUGAACGACCUCCUUAAACCUGCGGCCGGCGCACAAACUAACCCAGCGUGGUUUAGUUGAUGAUGUCAACAUGUUGUUUAAUCACAACAAAAUAUAACAACCGUCUUUAGACAAUUUUAUUUGACCUUAAAAAACAAAAAGUAGAAGACAUUAAAUAAUAAUAUAAAAGCUCAGCUUGAACUGAGUUCAUAAAGAAACACAGUGACUGAUUUUUCUGCCCAUCAUAUGAGAACAUGAGGCUAAAAAGUACUAAAAAGCUGCUAAUUAAAGACCGUAAGCUGACUAAAAGGAACAAAUCAUUUCUGCCUCAAGUGGCGAUUACAGGAACUGCAGUUUUCUGUCAACCAAAGAGGCCACGCCCCUAAUAAUACAAACUUUGAGACUUUAAUGAAUUUCUUAAAGUAAUAGACACACCCAACCCGACCCCCAGUACAGCUGACAGUCACCUCACAGCUGGGGAGCUCUUACUGACUGAGUUUGAGGACAGACUAUCCAAUCAGGAGCCCCCUUUAAGCUCAAAGGGCGGUCCUUUUCUUCUUCUCCUCUCGUUGGCUCCGGUUGCUUCGAAGGUCGUUCAUCAUGUGUUGAUCCACAGCCUCCGCUGGCUGCGAUGAAACAGUCUCCUCCCAGUUUUUUUUUCUUUCUAGUUCAGCAGAAGCCACUGCCACACACACACACACACACACACACACACGUUUUCAUAUCUUAGUGAGGACAUCUAAUUGACAUAAUGCUAACGAUCAGAAAUGAAUGCCUAACCAUAACCUAACUGUGACCCUGACACUAACACCACCUUUAAACUCGGGGACGGGCACUUUGUCCCCAUAAAGGCUGUUGGUCUCCACAAGUAUAGUUACAUGCUGGUUUUCUGUCCUCACAAAGACAUCUAAACAGGUACACACACACACACACACACACACACUUCUGAGAGACAUUUGCAGCGCAGGCUGAGCUCUGACGGCUCUGGUUCCUCCAAUCAGCGUCUGCGAGUGUUGCUUAGUGACCAAAUGAUGUGCAGCUAUUUUUUAACCUACAUAAAGAAAGUGGCAUGUUUGUUAUUAAUGGAGUCUAACUAAAAAUGAAAUAAUAGAUCCUGAAUGUUGACGAGAACACGGCGAGCGAGUUCAGCUCUUCCGUACGUGUGACGUCAUCACUCUUUGUUAAAUAUAUGUAAUGAAACAUCCACCAGCUGCACUGAAUAUCAGCAUGUUUCACAGCUGUAGGUGGUUAAACCCGCGCAGUCUGGACUCAGGACCGGAUUUAAAGGUGGUAUACAAAUCAUUUUUAAUGUGUUGGUAAAUCAAGGCCAGCAGGUCUGAACCAGAGAGGUGAUUUCCUCCCUCCACGAGGUGCAAUCACAAAGUUCUGCAACAAAUAAAAAUCAAACAUGUUUCUGGAUUCGUGCGAUUGACCUCUCAUGUCCUCUGUUCUUCGUUGAACCUUCACUAACUAACCUGACUUUCAUGUGGAGGCGAUGACUCUGUCUUAAACCACAGCUCAGAGACCAAACGCAGCAUCCCCGUCACUGUGUGCCAGCAGUCGCACUGUUAGCAUGGAGCUGCAACGUCCUGACGUGUGCUGUGUCCCCGUCUGCCUCGCUCCCCGUCGUCCUCACCAGAUCUGACUCUCUCUGUUUUACCCAAAAUGAAUUUCAGGCUCAAAAUCUUGAAUUAGAAACACUCUGACUGAGCGGCCGAGGACCGCGUGCUCGGCCCGGAUCGCUGACCGGCCGGACAGACAAAAACAUGGACGCGCACCAACACGGACCACAUGCUGCGUUUUUAGCAUGGAAGUGAGAGAGGACGCAAAGUUCACCAAAGUCAGUCACAAAAAUGUUCCAACAACAAACCCAAUGAGACUGAAACAUUUCAGGAAGCUAACAGAAGAAAAGUGGCUAAAGCUAAAAGCUAUCCAGAGCUCAGGGCUAGCUGCAGCCUCGGUAUGAGCAACAGAGUCACAGACACGAGUGAAAAAUGGAAAAGGGUCAGUGGCCUGUUAUCUGGUGGAGUUAUAAACAUCCACUUCAUAAAUCUGCUGCUGUGCUUUGGCCCACCUGGUCAGGUAAAGGUGAGUGCAGGAGCAGAGCUCUUUACCUUCAGCUGUCUCAGAGACACCAGAUCCUGAACUUCCUGCAGUUUGGGGGGAAUGUAAAGUCGGAUCAUUCCUGUUGUCACGUGUUUUUGCAUUGAAGAAAAGUUGAUUUGUGUUUGUUACGCAGCUUAGAGCGCCAGAGGCCCGAGGGUCAGACUUCAGAGCAGGACGUCCAAGGAGCAGAGGUGGGCGUGGUUAGACAGCGCCUCGAUGCGGUCACAGGUGGGCGUGGUCAGAGAGCGCCUCGAUGCGGUCACAGGUGGGGGUGGGAACAUAGACCCAGUGAUAACUCGGGAGUGUCACGCUCAGCUCUGUUAUCAUCACGGCCGACAGGUGCAGCAGGUCCCCUCCACCUGUGUCCGCUGAGAGCCGCCACCUGAGACUUGGACGGGUUUGAUUUUUGUUGAUUUUUUUGUUGGAAAACUUGUGAUUGCAGCUCGUUCACAUCAGCAACACGAGCUCGUCAUUAAAUCAGGACUUUAUGAAGCUGCUGCUCGUCUGCUGUUAGCGUCCAUCAGAGUCUUUUUACUGAUCUUCAGUUUCACAUAGUUUGAACUGAGCACGCUGGGCUCUGGGAGGUUUCUGACUAAUUUUUGCAAAACAGUCUUUUAUUCUUAAAGCUUUAAGGCCUUUUUUCCUUUAAUAAAGUAACAAUAACAAUAAUAAUAAUUAUAAGCAUGUAAAAACGAGGCGUUCGCGUCUCAGCUCGUUUGUUCCUUCAAGUCCGAGUUCAGCAGCUCCGCCCUGCGUGAGGUUUAAGCUCAGAUCACUCUCACUGCAUCACUUUUUGGAAAAAAUCACCACCGCCACUUCCUGCAUCACCCGCCGUCACGUUUGCCUCGCCGCUUCCUGUAUCUGUGGCUCAAUAAAAUAAAAGACUGAGGAUAAACCAGAUGGAGAAGUGAGACGUGUCAGAGCGAGCAUCGGUCACUUUAUGAUUUCCUCUUUUCUUUCUUUAACUUUUCUUUUGUCUGGAUGAUUCUGACGCCGUUCACCCAGACGCGCUCUGAUUGGUUUGUGUAGUUAGAAACAGGAAGUGAUUGCUGUGACGACACAUGAUUGUUCCAUGUUUUUCUUUUUUGUACAUUUGAAGUGUUUUUUCUGUUUUUCUUGAGUUCUUUAGACUCGCGGGGCGGCUUCAGCUCCCGUCAGCGUCUCUGAUCGUUCACCUGCUGCGUGCGUGAUGUCAGGAUGAUGAUGUCAUAUGUUAUUCUAGCUUUCUUUGAAACACGCUGGCAGUUACGGGUUUGAGUUUCUCUUCUUUGGACUCGUGUUUCUCACCUCACGGCGAGCAGAACGACCUGAAGAAUUAAAAUAACCAAAAAAACUAUUUAACAUAUUUUUAUCCUUGUUUUUCUUUGGACUCAUUAUAAGAGUCAGACGCGUGUUGGGAUUUGUACCUCCGGCAGUUUGAGAAAUACGAGCCCAGAGGUCAGAGGUCAGACUCGCUGACGAGCAGCCGCCCUGCUGCUGUACAUACUGAACCACUGAAUGACUUCAUGCUAGUUGCUGUUGUUUUCUUCUGUGGAUGCAGCUGCUGUAACAGACGAAUGGUGACGUGAGUGAUUAACCAGGAGUUACAAUAAAGAGCAUUUCUAUUUGGAGAAAAAACUCUGCUUCACGUCAUCUU